AUGACGCAAUCCGGUUCGAACCACCACUGGAAGUGGGCGUUAUCCAUGUCCUCGAAUUCGUUAAGCACACGAAACAGCUUAACUGGUGUUGUCGCGUCACAGGCUAGGAUAUGGACGCAGAUCGUCCUAGAUUCGUCCCUGGCCAGCGCCGUAAUGAGGUCUCCGCGCACGACGGCGUAUCUAAUGGCGGCUGUCAAUAUUAGGUUUACCUUCUCCGACUCCGACAAGUUUGCCACCAUUGAUUGGAUCAACUGCCUAUGGGUGCUGUCAAAACUCUGCCAGGAUGCGCCGGGCUCCGAUUGGUGCGCCGUGGGUUCGUGGUCGGUGAGGGGUGGAAAAGCGGCGCCGUCAUGGUUAGGUUCGUUUGAAGACCACCGACAUAUGGCUGAUCACCACCACCCCUCAUCGGAGAUACCGCCGACAACGUGGCGGUGA